AUGCAGCUUGCAUUGGUAGGGGAUGGUCCGGAUAGCAACUAUAAUUUGGAUGAGAAUAAGUUGGAUGAGUACAAGAGUAUGGCUGAGGUUUUCAUUUGCAACUGUGCUCAAAUGGGCUCCGAUAACGUUAAGAAGACUCCGGGAGGUUUGCUUUGGUUCUUGCCGUGGAACAACCUCCAAUACACCACCACCGCUUCCUUCGUCCUCUCUGCUUAUUCUAAGUACCUUACAACCGCCAACACACCAAUCAACUGUCCCAGUGGAUCUCUUCAAGCUUCUGAGCUUCUUAACCUCGCCCGUGCUCAGGUAGAUUACAUACUUGGUUCAAACCCGAACAACAUGAGCUACAUGGUUGGAUUCGGAACCAACUAUCCAAAGAAACCACGCCAUAGAGGAGCCUCUAUAGUGUCAAUCAAAAAGAACACCACCGCUGUGUCGUGCGGUGAAGGGUACGCCACUUGGUAUAACAAUUCUGCACCAAACCCUAACGUACUAACCGGGGCACUCGUGGGAGGACCCGACGAGAACGAUGCUUAUGAAGAUGAGAGGACUAAUUUCCACAAUGAGCCUGUGAUGGUCACUGUUCCUCCAUUUGUUGGUGUUUUGGCCGCCGUUGCUUGA